AUGCGCACACGCGCGCACAUUGAAACGAGCGGCGAACUGGAGACACCAGACCUGCGCGUCCGGAAAAAGACCAUUCUUUUUUGUCAUGAUCACAACGAUCUCCGUGCUUUUCCAGCGGAAACCCCAAAGAACGGCCAGUGGAGGGAGGCCUCAUUGAGGCAGGUUGAGCCUGAUUGUUUGAUUGAUUUGACACUUGACAAGUUCGGGGACGCGGAGUUCAAACGGGUCAGGGCCUCGGGGAGUCGGCGCCGCAAGCUGGAUGGAUAUCGCGGAAUGGAUAUAGCCGUGCUAGUUACUCCCCGCUUGCCUGAGGUGAGCAAUUACGAGAUAACAUCUGGCGUCUGGUAUGACUGCAAAUGGCUUCGUCCGCAUUGCUCCGGCGUUGCUUUUCUUGAGACAUCCCACCGCAGUGUGGACACUCUCGUGAUAUUGAAUGUCUUACAACACACUCGUUCAGGAGAACCAGGAGAUUGGGUACGUUACCUCGAGGGAGGCACGACAGCCAAUGAACUGUUCGGCACCCGACGGCCCCCGGAGUUCUUAGUUUUCGACUGCGACACUGUGCCUCAGCCAGGACUUAUGUGGCAAACUCCAAUCUUCAGACAUGACAGUUCGUUUGAGUCGGGGAGAAGCUUAGACAACCAGCGGGUGAUGGGUCUGGAGAGGCCGAAUGCAUCGGCUUCUACCGCUUUGUUUGAGAAUUGCAAAACAAACGUAGCUGUCGAGUCAAUCUUUGCAGAGCGCGGAACCGAGGGGAGGAUGCAGUCUGCCGGCCGAGCAUCGCCGAUUCUGCACGAGACAGGUCGGCGGCGGUCUGGGAGUCGCUCAUCACGAGGUCUCGACUCGGCGCCGCGUCGCAUGAAGAAAGCAUACGAGCGUAAAUCGUGGUGGGUAGCCAUGCUCAAGCCUUUGACGCCAGCUCGAGAAUAUCGAGCUUGCAAAGAGUACGACUUCAAGACGCAAGCAGGUAGAUUGUGCGGCACCGCGGGCAUCCGGGACAUGAUGCGCCAUUCGUGUACGACCAAAGUCUCCCGUUCCACCGGUACCAGAGGCGACGCUAGAUCUGUGGCAGGAGGUCUCUAA